AUGGGAACUCUUCUUUGUCCCACAGGAAGUGCAAGUGUGAGUGAGAAGGUGCUAAAGAUAAUGGCUUGCAUAGAAAAUAAGUGGCAAAAUUUUGACUGGGCUUCGUUUGUGCUUGACGAACUCAGUAAAGAAAUUAAACGGUACAAUAAGAGUAGUAAGGAAGGACAGACCCAGGGUGCCAAAGUUGUUGAAGGCUAUACUUCCUGCAAAGAUUCCCUUUGUAGGGAGGUGAACCGAAAGACAAAGACGCCGCAUUGGGAUGAUAAGGCCAUGAAGAGUAGAAUUGAUGCAGAAAAGGAGAGUCGACAUGGCAUUUUCUACAAUCCACCCUCUACUAAAGUGAAUGAGUCAACACAACUGGGAAACAAUAAAAGUUUCCACCAUCCGGAGUUUUGGGUCAAUUUCAACAACACAUUGAAGAAUGAAAUGGCCAAGAUUCAAAACUUUGUUUGUGAUGAAUUGGUUAAGUUGGAAAACAAAAUUCUUAACUGGGGAAGCAAUGAAGAAGUCAAUUAUGAGCAGUCAGAUGAAAAUAAGAAAGAUGAGCAUGAAGAAGGAAAAGAACACUACACUGAGGAGGAUGAAGAUGAGCAGUCACAACAUGAUGAAGUUAUGAUUGUAGAAGGGGAAGAAAAACAUCAAAGUGGUGAGAAAUCACAUGAUGAUGAACAACAAGAAGAAGAAGAGGAAGAUGAAGACAAGAAUGACAAUGUGAGAGAAAAUAAAGCUACAAAAAAGGAUACUAAAGGUGAAUAG